AUGUGGCCUAUCGACGACGACGAGGAAGAAGAGCAAAAGAGCGGUUUUCUCGUAGACGCGCAAGAGAUGAUACUCGUAUUAACGAGGAUUACAAUUGUAACCACGGUUAUCACCAUCCUGCUCGUCGCAUAUUUGAUUACGCGUUUAACUCAUGCGAGUUUGUUUCCCACCAUCUUACGGAAAGGUAUCGAGUUUCUCGGGCCAAUUUUCAUCAAGUUCGGCCAAUGGAUUUCCACGCGAUGGGAUGUCUUUCCGCGAGAUGUUUGCGACACGCUUUCACGACUGCAACGGAAUGCGACACCGCAUUCAUGGCUGCAUACAGAGCGCCUGCUUGAAGCGACAUAUGGUCCUUCCUGGCGGAAUUUAUUUGUAAGGUUUGACGAUAAGGAACCAGUUGGCUCAGGAUGCUGUGCGCAGGUGUAUAAAGCGUGGAUCGAUCAGAGUGUAACGCAGAAGCCUCAGAUAUCGCAUUACGUGGAUAAUAAAGCUCACAAUAGAAGCGACAAAUUCGCAUCUACCACUCAGUGUACCAAGAAAUUGCAAACCGUAGCGGUAAAAGUAUUGCAUCCUGGAAUCAAAAGCCAACUCAAAAGGGAUAUUGCAAUAAUGCGUGGUUUUUGCAAAUGUGUCACGUACUUCAUUCCGGAAUUGCAUUGGCUCAAUCUCACGGAUUGCAUCAACGAAUUCGCACGCAUAAUGGAAAAACAAGUUGAUAUGCGACUAGAAGCUUCCAAUCUCAUAAGGUUUUCGGCAAAUUUUUCGAAGAGGAAUGACAUCAUGUUCCCCUAUCCUUAUACACACCUAACUCGUCGCAGGAUACUCGUCGAAAGUUUUCAUGAGGGUUCACCGAUAUCAGAUUAUCUCGAAUACGACGAUGCUGUUUUACAACGGAAACUCGCAAAGAUAGGAAUCACGAUGGUCCUUAAAAUGAUAUUUAAGGACAACUUCAUUCAUUGUGACUUACAUCCAGGCAACAUUCUAGUCGAGAAAGUGGUCGUCCCGAAGGUGAGUCUGUUCAAUACUUUUUGGCGGAUCAUUACUCCCAAUUAUGCGGCGUACGACUCGCGCCUAAUAAUAUUGGAUUGCGGCCUUGUGGUAUCACUGAAUGAACGCUGCCAACAAAAUCUCCGAGACGUAUUUUAUUCGGUGUUAAUGCGAAAUGGCGAAAUGGCGGCGCAGUAUAUCCUGGAGCAUAGUUCGCACAUGACCCCCGAUCCAGAUGGCUUCAAAUGCUCAAUUAAAAAUAUUGUCAAGUCUCAUUUUAGCAAUCCAUUUAACGUAAACAUAAGUACCAUUGUGUCGGAAUUAUUCUCCGCAAUGAUUCAUCACCGAGUCAAGCAAGACGGAUCCUUCAGCAGCGUGAUUCUUAGUAUACUGGUAGUGGAGGGCCUCGGUCGCUGCUUGGAUCCUGAAGUCGAUGUUUUCACAGAGAUCCUGCCCUAUGUUCUCAGCAACGUUGAACAACGAAUAAAAAUGAGAUUUUAA